AACAAAAAUAUAUAAAAAAAAAACCUUGGCUUCUUAAAUUUUCAAAUAAAAAAAUUCUGUCGACAGAGCCUAACUAACGGUGCCGCUGAUUGCCGGGAAAAGUAACAACCAGACUGACAGCCGCCGUCUUCACCAGCACCGCAACCCAACUACCGAAUUCCAAAUAUCUGAAAAGAAAAAACAAAGUAAGAAAUGAGAGGAAAAGGAAAUCAAAAUCAAGAUGAAGAAGAGUACGAGGAUGAUGGACUCACUUCAAAUGUUACUCAUAAUAAUAACAAAGAUGGGAAGAGUGGUGAUAAGGCUAGUGCAAUAAGAUCGAAGCAUUCUGUUACUGAGCAGCGGAGGAGGAGUAAGAUUAACGAGAGAUUUCAGAUUUUGAGAGAUCUUAUACCUCAUAGCGAUCAAAAGAGGGAUACAGCAUCAUUUCUCUUAGAGGUGAUUGAAUAUGUACAGUUCCUACAAGAGAAGGUGCAAAAGUAUGAGGGCUCGUAUCAGGGUUGGAGUUCUGAGCCUACGAAGUUGAUGCCAUGGAGAAAUAGUCAUUGGCGCGUCCAAAGUUUCAUUGGUCAUCCACAACAAAUAAAAAAUGGUUCUGCUCCUGGGUCAACUAUUACUGGGAAAUUUGACGAUAAUACAAUUUCUAUCCCCUCAACUAUGCUUACAGACACACAGAAUCAAGUAGAUUCCGACCCUAGCAGGGAUGUUACGUGCAAAGCAAUGGAACGACAGCCUGAAGUAGCAAACAAAGUUAUGCUUCAUCCCGCAUCCUUACAAACAACCGCACAAAUUCCUGUUUUUAGUGACGGUGUUAUUGCACAUCCUCCUCAGCAACCGGUAACAGAUGCACAUUCCACUGAGUUCCCCAUGGCUGGCAGUCCACUGAACCAGCAGGAGGAGCUAACAAUUGAAGGUGGUACAAUCAGUAUCUCCAGUGUUUACUCGCAAGGGUUGCUGGAUAAUCUCACACAGGCAUUGCAGAGUGCUGGUGUUGAUUUGACACAGGCCAAUAUCUCACUGCAGAUUGAUCUGGGUAAGAGGGCAAAUAGAGGACUGACAUCUGGAACAUCUAAUACUAAGGAAGAUCUGAAUACCGCUACUAGCAAUGAAGGAGCCACACAUCUUCGGGAUUUCCCCAGCAGAGAGGACACAGACCAGGUGCAAAAGCGGCUGAAGACGUAAGAUCUGUGUAGGUUUUCAUGUCUUGUUUUGUUUAUUUAUGGGUGUACAUACUAUGCUUUGGUGUUCCAGACUCACAUUUGUUGAGAUUCUUGUGCAAAGCUAUUAUCUUAGAGGGUAUGUUUCCUAUGGAGUUCCCCUUUAGAUCUCUGAUUGAGAGAUGCUAUUGCCUGUAUCAUCGCCUUUGUAUCGUACAUAUUGAUUAUAUAUACAUAAAUAUAUGAAAUGAAGCCUUUGUUUUGUUAUUA